AUGGAAUAUAGUACGUGGACUUGCAAUAGAAGUGCUGCUGAUGAAGACCUGCUUGAAAGUUUACAGUCAUUACGGAGUCAGCUGAGGAGAACUGAAAAAAACUUACAAACUGUAGAGGAAGAGCUUUCCAGCACUAGUACCAGUGAACGUUAUGGCCACGGCUUCGAUGAGGCUGUAGACUUCACUCUGGAGGACCUUGUUCAGCCUAAUUGCAGCUAUCAAGGCUUUUCCAACUGUAAGAAGAAUGCUGGUAAAACAUCUUGCCAGGAUUUUCAAAGAAACUCUGAAUCUUACUCAGUAUCUGCAACUUCUGCUAAAACUGUGGAAGAAAAUGAACAUCUUAAGGAGAAGCUGGAUGCCCUUCAUGAGCAAAAUGCAUCUUUGACUUCUCAGAACCACUACCUAAAGAACAGAGUGGAAACAAUGAACUUGGAAUUGAUGCAAUCAAAAACAAGAAUUUCUUUUCUUGAAUCGACUUUAGAUACACAUUUAAUCAGCAUACCGAAGCUGAAAGAACAGAUUGUAAACUUGGAAGCAGAAGUUUCAGCUCAAGAUAAAGUUCUGAGAGAUGCAGAAGAUAAACUAGAUCAAAGCCGGAAAAUAGGAAUGGAAAGAGAAAACAUGUUGCAAAGAUAUAAAAAGGUCUAUAAAAAUCUGAAAAUGGAGUUAAUUGAACGAAGCAAGCAAGGAAAGAGAGCAGAACAGCAAAGAAAUGAAGCUUUGUUGAACGCAGAGGAGCUGACAAGAAAUUUCAAAAAGUAUAAAGAGCAAAUAACUGAAAAGUUAGAAAAGGUUAAAGCUGAAGAAGUAAUCUUGGGAAAACGUUUAAUUAAUUGUGAAAAAGAAAAAGAGAAGUUGAAUGAAAAGUGUGUCAGCUACAGAAAGGAUCUAGACAUCCUAGAAGAGCAAUUGAGGCAAUUAAAAGAAGAGAAUCAUAGCACAAAAGAAGAAAUUAAGACUCUAGAGGCAAAGAACACUGAAGUGAUAUCAAUGCUGACUCAGUCUGAUCAGAAGAUCAUUGAGCUUGAGAGUGAACUUAGUGAAAAAGAAAUAGUACUUAAAGAGAAGAAUGCUCUAGUAAGUGAAAACGCAGAGCUGAGAGCACUUACUGCACAGCAACAUAACCGCUUGAAAUUAUGCCAUCAAGAAAUUGAAGACUCGAGGGAAGAGCUCAACAGACUAGAAACCAUUAUUUCCCAGUUAUCUCUAAGCACACCUGAAGAGAUUAAAUGGCACCAGCUAUCCAGUUCCUCAGCAAAGGAAGCGCUUUCUGAAUCUAGCUGUGAAUUGAAGAAACCUUUGAUUGCAGACCUAAGAGUUAAACUGGCAAUGAAAGAAGCAGAAAUUCAGAAGCCUCGUGCAAACUUAACUAUCUGUACCGGAGCUGAGCAUCUUUCUAAUGAUAAUGAAGGACAAGAGAAUAGCAGGUUAUGUGGCCUGGAAACAGAGCCUGUCAAACUGAUCAGCAGUGAAGGAGAGAGGAGAAAAUGUCAACAGUUGGAACUUAUCAGCAAACAAUUUGAAAAGGAGAGGCAAAGAUUCAAGAAAGAGAUAGAAGAGUUACGCACUAAACUGACAAAAGCAGAUGAUGAGAAUUCCUCUUUGCAGACCAGCAUGGCUCAGAGAGCCAGGCAGUUUCAAGUCAUACAGGAAGAUCUAUUGAAGAAGGCUUCAAAAACUAGUAGCUUAAAGAGAGAAAUAACAAAGAAAUCUUCUCAACUUUCUGCACUUGAAAAACAGUUGGAAGAAAAGACUACUGCACAUUCUGCUGCUGCAGCAAGAAACAUGGAGUUGGAACAGGAACUCAUGGGAAAAAACAGACGCAUUCAUGAGUUGGAAACAGCUAUCAGUGAAGAACGUGACCAAAUAACUUCUGCUUUUGAAAAAGCAAAGUUGGUUCACCUUGAGCAGCACAAAGAGAUGGAGAAACAGAUUGAACUGCUUCAGGCACAGCUGGAGAAGAAGCAUCAACAAUUCGUUGAACAAGAGAAAAUGAUAAGUGUUUUGCAGCAAGAUGUUAUACAUCAACAGCAUCACAUUGAAUCAUUGGAUGGGCUGCUGGUAGAAAGCAGAGAGGAAAUGGAAAAUCAAAAUGUCCAGAAAGAUCAAGGAUUGAAAGUGCUGAAAAGUCAGUUAACAGAAGAAAGAAUCAAAGUGAGACAACUUGAGUCGGCGCUAGAUGCAUGUAAGGAAGAAAUUGCAUUGUAUUUGAGUCAGUCACAAGAAAAUAAGGAGAUAUUUGAAAAUCAGCUCAAAAAAAAAUCUGAAGAGGUUCAUUAUUUACAGAAAGAAAUAAAACUAAAAGAUCAGAAUAUUCAGGACACAAGCGAACAAAAUGUUCUCCUGCAACAAACUUUGCAUCAUCAGCAGCAGAUGUUACAGCAAGAAACUAUUAGAAAUGGGGAGCUGGAAGAUAAUCAAAUAAAACUUGAAAAACAGGUAUCAAAUUUGGAACAAGAGCUUCAGAAGCAGAAAGCAUAUGCAGAAGACGAGUUGAGAAGGGUAGAGGAGAAACUUCACCUAGCUGCUCAGGAAGCAGAUUUAAACAGCCGGAAGGUGGAUGAUCUUAAUGGUACAAUCAGACAAAUGAAGUCAGAGAUGGAUCGGUGCAAGAAUGAACUUACUGCUAUGGAAAAAGAAGUAGUGCAAUUGAAACGAGAUGGCAAAGACAAAGCAAUGCAGAUCAAUCAGUUGGAUAUGACUUUGGAAGAAGCACGAUCAGAGCUCCAUGCAAAGGCAAAUGAGGUGAAUGAUUUAGAAGAUAAGCUGCUUCAAAGUGAGACUUGCCACAGGGAAGCCUUGCAGAAAAUAGCAGAACUAGAAUCUGCAUUACAGGACACCCAUGGAGAAUUAAAAAUCACUUCAGCGCAGCUUCGGGAAUUGCAAGAUGCCUUACAGAACGCACAGUCCUCUCUGGAGGAGAAGCAUGCUGCUAUCAUGGAUCUAACAACUGAGCUCAGGUAUUGCAAGGGAGAAAUUGAAGACAAAAACCAAGAACUCCUUGACAUGGACCAAGCACUGAAAGAAAGGAAUUGGGAGCUGAAACAAAGAGCAGCUCAGAUUGCACAGUUGGAUAUGACUGUUCGUGAACAUAGGGCAGAAAUGGAACAACAAAUAAUCCGGUUACAGUGCAAUUUAGAGAAGUCUGAGUUAGAAAUUAAGGAAUGCAAUAAACAGAUUGAGAGCUUAGAGAAGAAACUCCAACAUUCUAAAGAUAAGCUUCGUGAAAAAGAGUUUGAAUUGCUCCAGAGAGAUCAAGAAACAAAUCAGCUGAAGAAAAAAAUUGAAAGAAAACAACAGGGACUAGAAGCUCUUGAAAAGAACUUAAUGUAUGUUGAGAAACUUGUAAAUUAUGCUCAUUUUAAAAGCAAAUGCACUUCAACUACUAGAACAGUGAACAAAAAUGCAUUAAUAACUUCAGUCUGGGGGACAGAAUUUGACAAAGAAGCUGUGGACUUGACACCUCCAGCUAGUUUUGAUGGAUUUGUAAGAUAA